CUCUCUCUCUCUCUCUCUCUCUGUGAGGCGGCAUGUCUCAUGCACCCUGACCAACCAAUCUGUUUGGAGCUUUACUGCUGUGGACUAUCUUACCAUUUAAUGUUUAUCACCGUAAACAUAUACGGUUCUUACGUGCGUUUGUACGCAUUCUUCGCAUUUCGUCCUUUGAGGUAGUUUGGUGUCCGUGGCUUCGUCUCGUUCAACCCUGACAGUUUAAGGACAACGCUCGUGGACAACGACAGCGUAUGUUUACUUUCUAAACGUCAAGAAUUGACUAAACAGAGAGAAAUUCAUUCACAUGUUGGACAAUAUAAGGAACUUGACAUAUGGUGUUGCUAACACUAACUACAGUUACCGGUUUUAAACCGUGCUGUUCUGCGCUGACGGCUUUUGGCAUGGAAAGUGAAAAACAUUCAAGGACCUGAAAUUUGUAUACAUUUUUUUUCUUCUUGUGGAAAACAACUAUUUAUCCUGCUGUUUCAAAGUAAAGAAUGCGCUUGAAAUGAGUGCUUUUUCAGACCGGACUAUUGACAGACAGCGAACAUAUUAAGCUGCUUCUGUCUUAAUGUUUCAUCUGUCAUAAUUCAAUGUUACUGAAAGACUUAGCAUCGCGGCUGUAUUGAACUGUCGUCACCUUUUGUUGAGAAGAAGCCUAACAAGUUGCUGUAUAAAGAGAAAACAUUAAACACGUGGGAUAUUUAACAAAAACACAAGGCACGAGCUCUGAUCGUCGGAUCGGUCACUGUUAACCACCAAAAUUUUAUUAAAAGGACCGCGACUGAAACUUUGAGAAAUGCCGCAGGUGGAAAUGUUUUAUUUGGUGUUUGUCAGCCUGUGGAUGUCUGUGUUGGGCCUGGAUCCGGCGUCUAAGGUUGUAGCAGAUCGCUAUGCAGUCUACUGGAACCGAACAAAUCCAAGGUUCUACAGGGGAGACUACCACAUAGAUGUUUGCAUUAAUGAUUAUUUGGACGUCUACUGUCCCCACUACAUCGACACGGUCCCUGAAGAGAGGACAGAGCGAUAUGUUCUCUACAUGGUCAACUACGAUGGUUACAGCUCUUGUGACCACACGGCAAAAGGUUUCAAACGCUGGGAGUGCAAUCGGCCUCAUGCGCCCAACGGGCCCCUAAAGUUCUCCGAGAAGUUUCAGCUCUUCACUCCUUUCUCACUUGGUUUUGAAUUUCGGCCUGGCAGAGAAUACUACUAUAUCUCGUCUACAGUCAGUGAAAACGGAAGACGGAGCUGCCUGAGGCUGAAAGUUUUCGUCAGACCUUCGAACAACUGCGAUAAAAGCCACGACCGAGUCGUCAAGAUCAACGACGGAGAUGUUAACUCUAUAGAAAAUAAUAAUGAUGGGACGAGUCAUGAAUCUGCCGAGCCAUCCCGAGGCGAUGUCAACUCCGCCGGGCACGUGCAGACCGUGGGGCCCUUGCUGACUUCAGCGCUUGUUCUCCUGGUUUCCCUCUCAUCAUUAUAGCAUCUGUACAUGCAAGCAGCGCACAUAAAGCAUGACAUGGGACUCGCGAACGAGCACUUUUAACAUUUAACAUUUGAGAUUCUUUCUCGACUGCAAAGUAGUUCGGUACUACAAGGCUUCAAAAAUGUUUCCAUAAAUGGAUGGUGGAAGCCCCACACCACCAAAAAAAACCUGUUUAAUGAACCCACUAAAAUAUGGCACGUAGACAAAAAACGGUUUGCGUCCUCUAAACGCCCCGUACAGUAUUUAAGGUCAGUGAUAGCCUUGAUAUUAAGGGGCUGUGAAAGAAAAAACGUUCUUUUCACAAAGACUGCUUUCACCGUUGCCGUCCAGAAACAAGAAGUCUUCGAGGAACCAAGAGCUCCUGUCAAUAAGAGGACUAAUUAUGUCUGAGGAAUCUCUCUCUAUCUCCAGAUGCAUUGUGGGUAAACUUUGUCACUAUGGACUCGACUGCUGACUCUGUAGAUAUCAAGGCAAACUACAAACGCUGCCUGAUAGGAUCUCUUAUAUAAAAGGGAGCUUUUUAAUAUCUAAAUCACAGGAGUCCGCACGGACUCGGGUGCUCAGGUGAACGGUGACAUUUUUAAAGAGUUUUCGUAGAUGAGAUAAAGAUAAGCACUCGUUUUGUACAUUGUGUACAGGUUUGGGAGCGAAAGGCCGGCGUGGUAUUAUUGAAGUAAACUGUUUAAUUGAAGUGUAGAUGCCAAAUUGAUGUUUUGUUAGCAAGUAUGGAGCCUCGCUGAUCAAUUGUUUGAAUGAAUAUACUAAUUUUGUUGGUGAAUCAUCAUUUUCUUAUUUAUUGUUCAGUCUUAGUGCUCUUGACACUUUGUCGUGCUAGCGAUCAGUAAGGAUUCAUAAGGAGAGGAACACAAAAUGCCUAACUUAACUUCAGUUAACUUAUCUCUCUGUUUAGAUACAUAGCAGUAACAGUAUUGCAAAAUAACUUUAUUAUCCUUGAAUUUUUAUCAGGACAAAAUAUUUGACCAUAUCCUGCUCGUCAAGGGUCACGCUUCAUAGUUUGUGGCUCAUUAUCGGGUGGAUGGGGGAAUUUUUUGCAUUCAACUUUUGUAAACGCUGCCUGUCUUUUUUACAUUAAAGUAGCCUAAUACAAAUAAAUUAGCUUUUUAUUUGGCACCACAAAGCAAGCUCAUAUCAUUCAUGUACACAUUUUUGUAUCAAAAGGAUUCUUUUUUGUAAGCCUGGAAUGAAAGUAAUUAAAUUAUUUUCGGAUUUUCCAAGGACUCGCACUUUUACAUUUCAGCCUUGCUUUUGUUUCAUAUUGUUUGAAAUCCUCUGCAAACGUAAAGCUCAUCUGGGAACAAGUAAAACAGUAGCAGAACGCUGACAUAACGCAGCUUCCACCCCGGUGGCAUUUGACACCCUGACGUGAUUUAAUAGGCUCUUUGAUGUUGUCCAAAGUGCCUGGCACGCAGACCACAUACUGCGAAGCCUCAUGUGGGUUAUUUCUGGAAUUAAAAAAUCGACUGCUGCACGGGAGAAGCGCGGUGUCCGGUUCAGCCGCGGGCUAGCGUUACUCUCGUGAUCUGGGCCAGAGAUGGGGAAAGAUGAGAUCUCCUGCUAGGAUCAAUAGUGUAUGGCCUUUGGAGACACAAAAACAGGGUAAAUAUUUGCCCUGGUCCCUGUACACUUGGUUGAAUGGUUUUCAUGCACCGCUGAAGUCAAGGUUUGUUUUCUAGACUGUUGUCUCCCCUUGACUGACCACAUUACUGUAACUUUUUGAUUUUAAUAUAAUAUGUGGCUUUAGACUUGAGCAUGGGAUACAAGGUCACAAACUAAAGUUUAGAUAUUUAAAAAUAAGCCAAUGAAUUAUAUAUCAAAUACAAUGAAAUGCUAAUCAGGAGUGUAAAAAAUGGAAAGAUUGUAUUUCAGUACUAUAUUUAAAUAUAAUUUUUUAUGAAUUAGCCACACAUUUUAGGUCAUUCUGUAACAUCAUACACAUUUGAAAUACAAUUAAAUGCAGACAUAUUUUAUUUCAAGCAUGUUUUACAUUUUAAACUGUACUGAUAUUGGACCAUUGCUAUAUUUUCCUGUACUUUUCUGGUGCUACUUAACAGUUAAAUAUCAAGGACAGCAAAAGGUGUGUGUACUUUUAAAUCAACACUGUACUAUCAUUGCUAUUUUUUAAUCACCUGACAAAUGUUUUUGUGUCUGAAAGCUUUGUGCAUUUACUGUCAUGGCAGAAAAACAGGGACUUGAUUUAGAAAAUGAUAUUUUUGUAAAAUGGCUGCGGUGUCUGUUUUUGUCCACACUGUGUGUUUCCAAAUGCUACCAAAAUUCCCCUUCGUCAUUUUCGUAUUCAGUAUUUGAGGUCAAAGGAAUGAAUAUGAAAAGCUAUAACAUUCAGCUCAUUCUGGGUUUUUCACCUCGAGGCAGUUGUGUUCCUGCAUUCUCUUAUUGCAUCUUUUUUAUACCCAGUGAAUUUCUUCAGUGUUAGACAUAAUUUUAUAAUUCAUACCACACCUGCUGCUUCAUACAGCUGUGAUGAUGGUAUCUAAAGCAUCAUUUCCCUGAGCUUAUUGGCUGUGUUGCCUGAAUAUUAGACCUUUGCUGUACAGUCUCUAAUGGUGCAGCAGCGACUUGCAUUAUUAUACUGUAUGACUUUUUAUAUCUUCAAAUGCCAUUGUUUGUAAAUACACUUGCUGGAGAAGCUCAAAUAAAGAAAUACAUUGUAAAAA